AGUGGAGAUUAGGUUAUCAGGAAGACUUUUGUUAAAAAUUUUGAGAAAAAAUGUCGAGCAUGAUAAGGUCGACGCGUGUGAAGAGUUUAACGUCCGUAGCGGCGAGGGACAUCCCCAAAACCAAGGAGGAAAUCAAAUCAAAAUUACCUUUUCUAACGUCCACAGAAAUCAGAAGGCAGAAAAUCCCGUACAACGAUGCAGUGAUAAGCGAGUUGCGCGAGGAGGGCUCGCACGAGGCGGCGGAAUACUUCGAAUUUCUCUUUGAUCUAGAGGAGCAAACCAGGAGAGUAGCAGGACCGGAUACUGUCGUUUGGAAUAAACCUCGACUGAGGGACAACGAGGAGCUGGUCGAUAGACUCCGGAAAGUUUUCACCAUUUUCUGUCGGCGUACAAUACCAGCGGCUUCGAGAACCAUGUCCCUAAUCGAGACGGCAGUGUUCGUUCAAAAUCUGGGCUGGGAAUGGUUGUGGGUAGCCGACAGCCUGUAUCGCACUGCCGUAUGGAUAGCCAAAGAGAUCAAAGAGAAAGACAAGCAAGUCGUCUCCGUCUUGAGAUAUGUCUACGCGAGAUUUUUAUUUUACGAGUUGAACGAUGCAAAAACUGCGCUGGAGCAUGUACGCGCAGCCCAGCGGGAUUCCAGAGAGAAGCCUUGGAACGCCUCCAAAAUUUUGGGCUUCAAGCAAGAGAACUUGUUUCGGGAAUGUUGCACAUUACUGCAGAAAGUCCUUCUGUCUAUAGCUCGCGAUGUUCGAGAUAGCGAGGUCGAGCUGUCGGUGAACUCUUGCAGAGUCGCGCUGUCCGCUGCUUGCGAAUCCGGUCACGAAGAAUCCGUGGCGCAGGCUCAUCACGAGCUCGGUAAGAGCGAAAUUGCCGCUGGAAAUGUCAAGGAAGCAAUUAAGCAUUUCUCUAGAGGCCUUGCGAUACUAGAGAGGAUCCCCGAUCCUCUGGGCAUAUGCAACGCUCACUCGGAGAUGGCUCUUGCGCACAAAAUGACGGGCGAUCACGACAAAGUUUUUGAGCACUUAGAAAAAUUCAAAGACAGCGCCGAGAAGUUUAAUUUGCAAGAUAAAUUGGCUGAAGCCCAUUGGCUUGCCGGAGAAUAUCAUUUGAGCCAAGAUAAUCCCAAGGAAGCUACUCCGAAUCUUGAAAUGUCACUUUCGCUGUACACCAGAAUCGGCGAGAUGAAGAAAGCGAGUCGUGUCAGGUGUUUGAUAGGAGUUUCUAGAGGCCAAGAGAUGAUGGAUGUAUACAAGGCUUUGAUAAUGCGGAGUAUCAAGGGCGAUGUUCAAGCCACGCUAAAUCUCUGCCGAUGGAGGGACCGUGGCGAGGGCUUUGACAAAAUCCCGAUACAUGAAAAAGAGAAAGCCUCAAAGGAUGCAGAAAAUGAAGGAUUUCUAUCAUGAGAAUGACGAUGUGCACGUCAUCCUGACAGUGUUCCUGGAAUGGCUGGUCGAGGAGAGAUACACCGCAGGGAAAAUGUACAAUACGAAGAUCUCUCGGUUACUCGUCUAAUCAUCUAUCUCUUUCCUUUCACAUGUGACGUCAUGAACAUGU